AGUAAAAAUACAAUCACGAGUUCAUUGCUAUUAUCGUCUACAACGGCACGACACAACGGUCUGUACAACAAUAUCAUCAUGAAACUUCUAAUCGUUGCAGUAAUUGUAGUGAUUAGCAUUAUAUGUCCAUCUAAUGCGUUUCAUGCGAAUUCCUUCGAUGCCAUUAAAGGCUGUAAGCAGUACGGCAAUGUGGCAAACUAUGACGAUCCACUGAUGUACAUCCCGACGAAAGAUCUGCUGCACGUCGAGAGUACAAGCAAAUCCAAGCUCAUUAAGAUAGCCGUGCAAGGAAGCUCUGAUGGCAUCCUACGUUUUGGCGCUUCUCUAUACCCAUACAACAGGGAUGUGAUAGAGAUAGUACUUGGAGGAUGGACCAACACGCAGAGCGCUGGAAGACGACAGCAUCGAUCGGCAUCGAAUAAUAAUACGAACCUUGCGCUUGCCGAGGUACAGACUCCGCAGCUGUUGUCCGCUAAUCGUCCAACCGUGUUUCUGGUCGAGCUGUUCCACGAUGGUACGAUUCAGGUAAGGAUCGAAGGACAGGAUUACCCAUUCCUGUUAUUCAACGAUGCAAAGAAAACUCCCUUCAACUAUAUGGCCUUCACCAAGUGGAAUAACGACGUGGUCUAUUUCUACGAUUGUCCUGUGAAUACGAACGCUACGAUUUGUUACGAAGGUGGUAAAAUGCAGGUAAACUAAAGUGCGAUCAACGACACGAAAUUGGCAAGUGCAAGGUCUGACGGUUGUAUUACUAAUUACUUAAUAAAAAUGUGAAGAGCAAAAGAA